AACGGUGCCUACGGUGCCCAAACGAGUAUAACUCAGAGGAAUUCCCUUGCUGUAACCGAAGGCUAGGUACCGAAUUAGGAAAAUACCCAAGUGUCCAAAGUGUUUGUAUCCGUUGUUUUGGGACUUGGGUCGCGCAGAAGGAAUAAUAAUGAUGCUAUUUUAAGUAUUGAAGAUGGGGUUUCUUAUCGAAUGGCGCAAUCACGAUAUAUUGCACCAUUGUAACACUGAGCACGCAAUCAGCUGAAACAUAAUAUUAUCUAUGGGGCGGAACUCGAUCAUAUUUCGUAAAUCAAUUGCCCCAAAUUUCCAUGAAGUCUAGAAGGGUUCUCUAUUGGACUAGGGUAUAUCUCGCCAAGUAUACGUCACAGAGCCUCAUUUUCUAUUAGACUUCUCACCAGUAUCGCCAACGUCAUUCGAGCGCGAUGGGUUGGAAAGAGAAAACCCAAUUCUGGCGGAGCGAGUCGCCCGCGCCCGCAUCUGUUACCCAAGAGGGCGUUUCCACUAUCGAUAAUGACGCGGCCCUCAAACAAGACAUCCAGACUGGCGAGUUGACGCUCGAAGAAGCGAGCCAAGGUGGUCUUGGGCGACAUUUGGGCUUAACUUCGACUACCUUUUUGAUAAUUGGUCGUAUCAUCGGUACCGGUAUCUUCUCGACGCCGUCGUCGAUCACUUCCUCAGUUGGAAGUGUGGGCGCGUCAAUGUUUCUCUGGCUCCUUGGACUCCUUCUCGCGUUUUGCGGUCAGAUGGUAUGGCUAGAAUUUGGAUGCAUGUUUCCACGAAGCGGUGGUGAGAAGGUUUAUCUCGAAGCUGUUUACCGCCGUCCCAAGUUUUUGGCCACAAUUGUCUUUGCGGUACAAGCCAUCCUUCUAGGCUUCACUGCGUCUGGAUGCAUCGUUUUCGCUUCCAAUAUUAUCGUAGCGGCGAAUAAUAGCCCAACCGAAUGGCAAGAACGAGGUAUCGCGAUCGGCGUGAUUGUCUUCGUUACUCUCAUCCAUACUUUCAUCCCUAAGGUUGGUGUACAUCUGAUGAAUGCGCUCGGAUGGAUUAAAGUCAUCAUCCUCGCGUUUAUUGUGGUAACUGGUUGGGUUGUUCUCGGGGGUGGCGUAAAAGCUAUCCCAGAUCCUCAUGCGAGUUUCAGAGACUCAUUCGCCGGAAGCUCGCAUUCGGGAAACCAAUACGCCACGGCUCUCUUCAAAGUUCUCAACUCUUAUGCCGGGUGGAGCAAUGCAGCCUAUGUUCUAAACGAAGUAAAGCGGCCCGUACACACCCUGAAAAUAGCCGGUCCACUUGGACUCGGAGUCUGUGGUGUUCUGUACACCCUAGCUAAUGUCUCUUACUUCGCGGCUGCUACACCGCAGGAGGUUGCUGCGAGCGGUACAACCGUCGCGUCGUAUUUCUUCGGCAAGGUCUUUGGUGUGACCGCGAAGAGAGUUCUCAGCGUCUUCAUCGCCCUCUCGGCUUUAGGUAAUGUCCUAACCAUCACCUUUGCCCAAUCCCGAGUCAACCAAGAAUUGGCGAAGGAAGGUGUUAUACCUUUCCCAAAAUUCUGGGCUUCGGGUUGGCCUGUCGGAUCGCCAUCUGCCGGUUUACUCCUCCAUUUCAUCCCUUCAUUUAUUGUCAUCGUCGCUAUUCCAUUCGGAGAUGCAUUCAACUUCAUCGUUGAUGUCGAGGGUUACCCUUCUAGUGUAAUAUCCAUGUUCGUUGUCAUCGGACUUUUUAUACUCCGGCGAGAAGCACCGAAUGCGCACCGGCCAUUCAAGGUAUGGUGGCCAGUAGCUGCUAUAUUCGCAGCUGGCCAAGGAUUCUUACUCGUUGCGCCAUUCUUGUAUCCUCCUGGAGGAAAGGGAGAUACAAGUCUUCCAUACUGGCUAUACCCGAUUAUAGGAAUUGCGGUUCUGAUUGCAGGUGUUGUGUACUGGGCUGUUUGGUGGAGGGUUUUGCCUAGGAUUGGGCGAUAUUCGUUCCAGGAGAGAAAAGUCGAGUUGAAGGAUGGAACGAUUGUUACGACUUUCGAUCGAAUCAAGAAUCAGUGAUGGAAAAGAUUAAGCCGAACCUAUUCACAUAUUUAUGCGUUGAUUUGAAUUUGAGUGCUUAAUCUGGAUAAGAGCGUUUGCGGUUUAUAUAGAAAUAGUUCGGCCAUGGAUAUUUUCCAAUUAGACUGGGAAAUAAAUAAUGAUAUAUUCAAGCCGGGCAGAUGUAUCAAUUGUGUUCAUGUCUAUCGGUUCCAUCGGACUUGAAAACACGAGGGCCUCAUUCAUACAUGACAAUACCAUACGCGAAGGUCUUGGCGAACUAAUCUUGUAUAAUUUAUCAUGGAUCUAUACUGUCAAAGACAGAUCAUGCCCUGAGGCCUUUUCCUCGGCGACUAUGUUACUGGACAAGAAAAUGAAAGUAACCGGGGCGCCUAAAAAAACCAGGAGUAAGAAAGUGCUGAUCGUGAAUGUGGCUUCGUCCUCCACUUAUCCCCGGCCUCUUGUGCAACCCAAAGUAAUUCCAACUAAUAACAAGCAGGAUUAAUAUGCUUACUAAGCAGAAAGUCUGUUGAGAAGGUAUUUCUACAUGAAAACAUGGGGAUGAUUCCACAUUGUCUUCUUCCUCGAUAUCCUCAACAUGAGAC